CAACUGAUUAAACGCAGACGUAUCUACAGCAUGUGUACAGCUGUUACAUAACCACCCAUUUACUCUGCACGUGAACUUCGAUAAAUGAGAGGGAGGCAACAAGGCAAGAGACAUUUGAAGCUUUGGAGCUGAAGGUGUUAGAGGCUCAGGAUGGACACGGGCUGCUGGAAACUGACCCUGGCCCUUGUUGUGGUCUUGGCCAGCAUGUAUACAGAAGCUUCAUUUUCCCGGCACAUGGACGACUUCAUCAAGGCGGUGAAGCAGGUGGAAGACGGGGACCCUGGGACAGAGCCAAUGACUGUGUUGAAGAGGCUGCGCAGGGCAGCUGGUCUAAAGGAUGCAUUCAUUCAGCACUUCCUUGGUAAUGCUGGCUCCAGUGGUCCUGAGAUGGAUGUUGGCCUCUCAGAAUACAUCAGCAAGGCUGUGCAGCACCGGGUGACGGAUGAUGCCAGAGAGGAAGGCGUGGUUCUGACCUCUGAUGGCACCACUGUUGCCCUCAUGCCACUCCUCCUGGGCAUCGAGGCUGGUCUUCUUUCCAAGUCUAGUGGGCGUGUCAGGGGCCUGUACCAGCUCACUCUGGCCAAGGACCUCAGCCUCUCUUUCAGGCACAGCUCUCCUCUCAACCAGAGUCUGGGACCUGAUGGGUGCUGGGACAGUUUAAUCUCUCCUCAGGUCUUCACCCUCUCAGACACCCCCACUCUGCUCACCACUGCUCAAGUCAACGGAGGCAUGGACGGUGUGGUCUUAGGGAUGGAGGUCUCUGCCAAAAGCAGACGCCCUCUCAAGCUCAGCAGUCUGCUGACAGAGUACUACUGCCACCAGCUGGGCAAUGGCGGACUGGACACCGCCCCGCGCCUCAUCAGCCGACGUCGCAGGGAGAACUUCAGAGGGCUGGGAGUCUCUCCAGUGCUGGCCAGACAGGUGAUGAAAUCAGCAGAGCUGCAGCGGAGACUGAAGGGGCAAUCAAAGAUGGAGGCGAAGGAGAAGAAGCAGCUGAUGAGCACAGUGAAGGAGGGAAUGAAAGAGUUUGUCCAUAUGUACAUGGACUGCCCACCCAUCAUACCUCGGUGUAUGUGGGGUGCAGAGCCGUACAGAGGAGCACCCACCAAACUGUCACUGCCUCUCUCCUUCAUGUUCAUCCACCACACUCACACGCCGAGCCAACCCUGUCUGACCUUCCAGCAGUGCUCCGCAGACAUGCGCUCCAUGCAGCGCUUCCACCAGGACGACAGAGGCUGGGAUGACAUAGGAUACAGCUUUGUCGCAGGCUCUGACGGAUACAUCUACGAGGGCCGUGGCUGGCACUGGCGAGGAGCACACACCCUGGGACACAACUCUAUAGGCUACGGCGUUUCCUUCAUCGGAGACUACGUCACCAGUCUGCCCUCCCAGCAUUCCAUGGGGCUGGUGAGAGAUCAGUUGGCGUCUUGCGCUGUCGGUGGUGGGCGACUGGUAGCCAAUUUCACCCUGCAGGGGCACAGACAGGUGGUGAACACUUCCUGUCCUGGAGAUGCUCUGUAUAAGGAGAUCACAAGCUGGGAGCACUUUGGGGAGAAAUGAUUGUCUGCUUGACAAAGAGGAAGAGCCUUUGAUAACCAGAACUUCAGCCAAUAAAUAUGUGUCUUGUUCUUAUGUUCUGAGUGUUUCCAUUUCCUUUCAAACACUAUGAACAAUGUGUGCUUCAUAAAUCCUCACUGUGAAAAGCAGUGGUGGAAGGUAAAGGUAAUUUAUUUAACUGCUGUACUUAAAGUUCAAAUCUCAGAUAUUUGUACUUUAAUUGUUAAAUUUCAUGGUAUUCUACUCCACUAUUAUUAAGGUUAAAACACUGUACUUUUUACGCCACUACAUUUAUUUGAGAGCUUUAGUUACUAGCUGCAGAUUAGGAUGUUUAUAUAAAGCAUACUACUUAAAGUACGAUGAUAAAAAAUAGUCCCAGUUACACCAGAUUUAAAAUUCUGAAUAAAUACUAACUCAUCAGGAGGACUGGGUGACACGCAGCAUCAUGACAUUUAUUCUAUUUAUAUUU